UCGCCGGCCGGCUCCAUGGGUAAAGCGGCCGCUCCGUGCCGCGGCGGGGGCUGCGGCGGCCGCUCCCGCGGGCUCUCGUCGCUGUUCGCGGUUGUCCCCUGCCUGUCCUGCCACACGGCGGCGCCGAGCAUGAGCUCCUUCGGGCCCGGCUCCGCGCCGGAGCCCAAGCCUCAGCGCAAGCCGCUGCCCCAGCCCGCGGCGAAGCCGGUGUCAGAACAGGUGUCGGAGCCGGUUUCCGAGCCGCCGCCAAGAUUGGAGACUGAGUCCGAGAAGACAUCUGAAUCAAGGCCGGCGUCCACAGGAGCAGUGGAACUGCUGCCGGGGUUGGGGACGGCGUCAGCGCCCGGGGAAGAGUUGGGCUCAGGUGGAGGUGCCGGGCUCCUCACCAAGGCCUCAUCAGAGCUACCGGCGCUGGAGCCAGUGGUGGGGAACUUGCCCUUAACCAAAUCCGACUCAGGGUCGCCGCCAGCGUCAAAGACCCCGUCUCUUCUGCGACCUGGACAGGGGAGGACACCUCUUGGGGUUCCAAUGUCAGGGUCUGGUGUGACCUCCACUGUCCCGAUUGCCUUACUACCUCUGGACAGCUUCAAGGGCUGGCUCCUCAAGUGGACCAACUACCUGAAGGGUUACCAGCGCCGCUGGUUCGUGCUCAGCAACGGCCUGCUGUCUUACUACAGAAAUCAGGGUGAAAUGGCCCACACCUGCCGGGGCACCAUCAACCUGUCCACCGCGCACUUUGACACGGAGGACUCUUGCGGUAUCGUGCUGAACAGUGGGGCAAGGACCUACCACCUCAAGGCCGGCUCGGAGGCGGAGAGACAGCAAUGGAUCACAGCCCUGGAGCUGGCCAAGGCGAAGGCUGUCCACAUGAUGAGCAGCCACUCAGAUGACUCUGGGGAUGACGACGACGAUACUGCCUCCCCAGCUGACAAGAGUGAGCUACAGUCCACCCUCAAGAGCCUGUCCCUGAAGUUAGAUGACCUCAGCACGUGCAAUGACCUCAUCGCCAAGCACGGCGCUGCGCUCCAGCGCUCCUUGAAUGAGCUGGACGGCCUCAGGAUCCCCUAUGAGAGCAGCGAGAAGCUCAAGGUCGUGAACGAGCGGGCGACCCUCUUCCGCAUCACAUCGAAUGCUAUGAUCAAUGCCUGCAGGGACUUCCUGGAACUAGCGGAGACACACAGCCGCAAGUGGCAGCGCGCGCUGCAGUAUGAGCAAGAGCAGCGCACCCACCUGGAGGAGACCAUCGAGCAGCUGGCCGAGCAGCACGACAGCCUCGAGCGGGCCUUCCGCAGCGCCCCCGGCCACGCCGCCCACCCCGCCAGGAGCCUCAGUGCCGGAAGCCUCUUAGCGUCCAAAGGAGGUGACAGUGAGGAAGAUGAAGAUUCCGAGUACUUCGAUGCCAUGGAAGACUCCCCGUCCUUCAUCACCGUGAUCGCUGAGGCCAGAGAGGACAGAAAAGCUGAGGGUGAGACGACAGGCUCUGCGGACUGGACCUCAUCAGACAAUGUGCUAGACAGCGCCUCACUGGUGCCCAAGGGCACCCCCAAGGUCCAGAGGCGGGCACGCAUCCCUGACAAGCCCAACUACAGUCUCAAUCUCUGGAGCAUCAUGAAGAACUGCAUCGGCCGGGAGCUCUCCAAGAUCCCCAUGCCGGUCAACUUUAACGAGCCCCUGUCCAUGCUGCAGCGGCUGACGGAGGACCUGGAGUACCACCACCUGCUGGACACAGCGGUGCACUGCACCAGCUCCGUGGAGCAGAUGUGCCUGGUGGCCGCCUUCUCCGUGUCCUCCUACUCCACCACCGUACAUCGCAUCGCCAAGCCCUUCAACCCCAUGCUGGGGGAGACCUUCGAGCUGGACCGCCUCGAGGACAUGGGCCUGCGCUCCCUGUGCGAGCAGGUGAGCCACCACCCACCAUCGGCGGCACACUACGUGUUCUCCAGGCAUGGCUGGAGCCUCUGGCAGGAGAUCACCAUCUCCAGCAAGUUCCGAGGGAAAUACCUCUCCAUAAUGCCACUAGGUGCCAUCCACUUAGAAUUCCAGGCCAGUGGGAAUCACUACGUGUGGAGGAAGAGCACCUCAACUGUCCAUAACAUCAUCGUGGGCAAGCUAUGGAUCGACCAGACGGGGGACAUCGAGAUCGUGAACCAUAAGACCAAGGACCACUGCCAGCUGAAGUUCCUGCCCUACAGCUACUUCUCCAAGGAGGGAGCCCGGAAGGUGACAGGAGUGGUGAGUGACAGCCAAGGCAAGGCCCACUACGUGCUGUCAGGGUCGUGGGAUGAACAGAUGGAGUGCGCCAAGAUUGUGCAAAGCGGCCCCAGCAGCCCCAGCUCAGACGGGAGGCAGAAGACAGUGUACCAGACGCUGCCCGCCAAGCUGCUGUGGAAGAAGUACCCGCUGCCGGAGAACGCCGAGCACAUGUACUACUUCUCGGCGCUGGCCCUGACCCUCAACGAGCACGAGGAGGGCGUGGCGCCCACCGACAGCCGCCGGCGGCCCGACCAGCGGCUGAUGGAGAAGGGCCGCUGGGACCAGGCCAACGCGGAGAAGCAGCGGCUGGAGGAGCAGCAGCGCUCGUCGCGGCGACGGAGGCUGGAGGCCUGUUCCCGGGGCUGCGGAGCCGAGGAAGCAGAGAAGGAGGCCGACGUGCACGUGCCGCUGUGGUUCGAGAGGAGGCUGGACCCGCUGACCGGGGAGACGGCCUGCAUGUACAAGGGCGGCUACUGGGAGGCCAAGGAAAAGCAGGACUGGCACAUGUGCCCCGACAUCUUCUGAGCGACCCCCUGCCCUGCAAAAACAGGCGACUGCACAGCUGGGCCGCCUUUUCUUUAAUGCACUCAGUUUAGUACCCAAACAGCCCAAACCCCACCUUUUUGCUUUGUUUAUUUAUUUUUUAAAACUUUUUGGGGUUCGCUCCGCGGAAGGAGUAAGUGCUUCCCCGGCCCGGCUCACUGGCUUGGGCGCUCUCGGGACCCCAGCCCCCCGUUACCACUCAGGCAGGCCGCCCGGCCCUGGGCUGUCCCAGUCACCAGCCCCACCCAGGGAGGAACCGGCCCCUCCUAGGGAGCCGCUUUUGACUUUUUAGAAAAAUGAUCUCCAUUUCUUUCCAGCCAAGAAAUUUAGUAAAUAUUUUUAGUACAGCACUUAGCAGACACCUUUGUAAGUGUGCUUUCUUGCCACAGAACUGUCCUGGCAAGAGCACCUUUUUAAGACAUUAGGAAGCCAGCCAGGCAGACCCCUCAGAGUCAGGAGCGUUUUGUAGCUCAGCAUAGCAACGCAGUGUUUGUAUCUGAGCUGCCUGCCCCCCAGGAGCCCCGGACCUCUCAGAGAAGGGGGCCCACCACCUCCCAGGUCCAGGAGAGCACGGGUGGCAGGCUGAGGGGCAGGCCCCGCAGGUGCUCCCCACCCCAGCCCCAAAUGAGCAAUAAGGACAAACCCUCUCAGCCUGGGCUGGUGUCCUGGGCCCCAGAGACCCCGGCGCCUUGACCCCAGGCACCUCUAGGGCGCCCCAUCUCCACACUCCUUGAACUCUUUACUUGCCUGAUUUAUAUAUAUAAUAUAUAAAUAGAUACAUAAUAGGUAUUUUGCUUAAAUUUCUAUGGUAUGUGGAGGUGAAAAAAUGAUGAAGACAGGCGCUCCUGUCUGAGUUUCCUCCUAUCAGCUGUGUCCUGCCCUCUCCUUGGACCCCCUCCCAGUGGCUUCUGUCAAUGGUGGCAGGACAGGCCACCAUGGCCACUGUCCCAGCCCCACUCCAACUCUUCCCACUUCAGUUUGGUCCUAAAAUUCAUCACAGGGUUUUUCCUGUUUACUCCAGGAUUGGUUUUGAUUUUACAAAAAAAAAACAUAAGUGAAACCACCAAUGUACGAAAUGCCUCAGGGUGCCCACCCCAGAGUCAGGGCGGGCAGGGCUGCGCCUCUCCCAGGUGGUGGCAGAGCCGUGCAGUGUACCUCUCCUCAGCACUGUGUGCGCAAGCACCUUCUGACCGGGAAUAAAAACGCUGCCUGGAGUUUUCCGUGGCCCUGACCCUGAGUGUGACGUGGUGGCGUAGGACUGACACAGGACAGGUCAGCAUACACAAGGGGACUUUAUUCUGCUCACAAAGGGCAGGCAACGGAAGGCUGGUCUGGGUUGGAAGGAAGGGGAGGGAAGGGAAGACCCGGUAGGAAAGGGCCUGGGCCAGGCUGCAGAAGGCUGAGACUGAACCUGGGGGGCAGCCCAGCACUGCCUGGUCUCUCUGGGACCCAACCAAACUGAGCCAUGGGCCGUCCUGUGAGGGAACGCCCGCCCUGGCUGAGUUCCAAGGUUGCUUAACAACCAUGACCUUGGCUGCUUUUGUUGCUCUAGGUUGCCAAGGAACUCAGAGCAUUAGCUUCCAGGGCCUGGCCCACUGGGUCCUCUUCCCACUGCCAGUGCUUCCAGGAGAGAAGAUGGGGUGAAGCAGGGCACCAGAGGGGCAGCCAAGCCAGGCCCUCACCAUCUGCCCCAGCACCCCGCACCGUGGAAUCCAAGGUGGCCCAGCACAGCUCCUCCCUGCCCAGGCCCUUGCUUUCCAGUCUGUGGGGAGGCAGGCCCUGGUGAGUCCCUGCAGAGAAGUGGGAGAGGCAGUUCUCACUGAAUCAAGGUGGGCAGGGUCGAGGCAACCCCAGGAAGGACCAGACCCAGGGCCAGGGGCCAGGGAGCCUGCCAGGAAAGAGGACGGUCUGCAUGGGCAAAUCCCAGAAGUGACAAAUGCCAGUCCCCAGAGGCAAAGUGAGGGAUAGAAGAGCCUGGAGUAGAACCAGGCAGGGCUCUGAACAGGGAGAGACAUCAGGCUGACCUAGAAACCAGUCUGACCAGCAUGACCCAAGAUCAGCCUACACUCGGCCAUCACUGACCGAAAACAGAAGAACAGACUUUGCAGCACAGGCCAAACGGGGCCUCAGAACGCAUCUGACAAAAACGUUACUGAAUGAUAGAGAAGGCCUGAAUUACAAGGAUAAUCCUCCUUGGUGGAAAACUAGACAUACUGGAUAAAAUUUUUAAACUUCUUAAAUAUAUCCAUGAGCUGGAAAGAAUGUAAGAAAUACUCAGGCCAACUAUUAUGUGGGUGUGGAAAUGUGGGGUAAGAAGAGCUCUGAACUGUACUUUUCCCUCUCGGCCAUUCACUGGGCCCAGCGAGCCUACGGGUAAGUCUUCUCUGCCUCAGGUGAACCUCCCCAAGUGGGAAAUCUAACAGGAGAUGUCCCCAUAAAGCUGGGCUCCCGAAAGGCUAUCCCUUCAAUAUAAUGGUGAAUCCAAAACAAAAUACAAGGAAAAUUCUUUUUUUUUUUUUUAGAUUCUAAUAUUUUAUUUUUGAAAUGUUAUGCAUAAAAUUGUCUCUUAUAUAAUUCUCCAGGAACAGUAAUUUUGAUCUUUUAAAUUAUGUGAAAACCAAUUCAGAAAUACCAAUUUUAACAGAAUUAUGAAACUCACUAAGAAUAAUUGAAAUCUUCUUCAUAAACAAAGGUUGCAAAAUAAAUACAUACCCCUUCAAGAACACAAGACCAGUAGGAAAAUAGGAUUUUAAAAACAUCUGAUUUUUGGAUUUUUAAAUUUUGUAUGUAAAUUUUACCUAAUUUCUCUGUCUCAAAUUCCUUCUAUCUUUAUGUUCAAGACACUAACCUAUAAAAAUAAAUAUAGAUUGAGCUUCAUGAGGUGAAAUAUUCUUGAAAAUUGCUUUUAAAAUCCCUCCAGAACCACAGUGAGAUAAAGUCAUGCCUACUGGGGUAUGAUAUUUUAGAACAUAUGAAUGUAAGGACAUAUAGCUAUUUUCGUAUCUGGAGGAAUUAGUUUAUCUUUGGAGAAGAAAAAUUCUUGUCUUAAAGGUUAAUCCCAACCAGAGCAGGAGGAAAAAAACCCUAAGAAUUCGUGAUCAGGAGCUUUGGUUUUGCAGCCCAAAUUCAUACUACAUACUACUGGAUAGUCCAGUAAAACCUCCAGCAGAGAAUACCACAUGGUCCCACCUGGCAAUGUCCCCAGGUCACAGGAGGGAAACAAGCAUAUCCUCUCUGGGGGCUCCCCACUUCCUUCCAAGCCUUACCUUACAACCCCAGAUACGAAGCUGCAAGGAAAACAAGCGGUUCACAGUCUAAUAUCCGUAAAAGCACAGGCUGGCACAUAAGCAAGGGCCAACAGAGCCAGGCAAAAAACUUCUCCAUAUGGGGAAAUUACCAGACAUAGAAUAUAAAAUAAGCAUGUUUAAUAUGUUUCUAGAAACAGAAGAGUGGCUUGAAAAUGAGUAAAACAGUAUUCAGAAAGUACUAAGGAACUUCAAGAAAGAGAGAAAACAAAAUAAUUUUAUAACAGGUUGCAUAACUGAAGAGAGUAUUAGUGGCAUGGAAGAGAGGUCUGAAUAAAGUACCCAGAAUACAACAGAGACACAAAGAGGUGAAAAAUAAAAAAGAAAUUAAGAGACGGAGGAUAAAUGAGUAGUCCCACAUGUCUAAUCAAAAUGGAAAAGAGACAAUCUUGGAAGAAUUAAUGGCUAAAACACUUCUGAGAAGUCACAAGAAACAUCAGUAUACAAAGUCAAUCCCAACAAAUCCCUACUCAGUGUAAAUAAAAAGACAACCACAGCUAAAUACAGUAUAGUGAUGUUACCCUUAAAACAACAAAAGCUUAAAAACAGCCAGAUUAGGUGGAAAAUUACCUUAAAAGAGCAUUGAUUAGACUGAGAAUUGACCUCCAAAGAAAGAAGAAAAUGAAGUGUUACCUCUAAAGAAAAGGAGAAAAUGUUAGUACUUCUCAUUGAAACCACAGGAAAAUAUAUUAACAAAAACUUAUUAAAUAAUAUUGAGUGUCUCAUGGAGUUAGACUUUAAUGAGUUAGUAUUAUAUAAAAUGUAUAAUCACCAAAUGUACAGGAAUACUAAAUUUCCAAAACAGAGGAAAAACAUUGUAUGUGGGGGAGAAAAUUUCAGUCAAUCUAAAAGGCUGCAGGAAAGGAAAAAGGAAUGCAGAGAAGAUGGAAUAAAAAUUAAAUAAGAUGAAGGAACUAAGUCCUCAGUGCAUCAGCAAGCACACAAAAUUUAAGUUAAAUGCUUCAGGUAAGAACAAAAAAUAUCUGUAAUAAAAACAAGACCUGGCUACAUGCUAUUCACAAGAUUAUUUUACCUAAAACAUAAACAUAGAGACCAGACAGACUAAGGCAAAAAGUAUUAUGUCAAUUUCCAUAAAUUAAAAAAGUCACUUCAUAAUGAAAAAAGGUAAAAUUCAUAAAAUUCUAAAACCCAUGCAUCUAAUAUCUCACAAUAAAGUAAAAUAGAUACAAUCACAGGGAGAAAUAGAUAAAUCUACAAUCAUAUGGAACUUUUUAACAUACUUCUCACAGUAAUUAGAGCUCAGACAGACAAAUAUCAGCAAGUUUUCAAACAGCACAGUUAAAAAAUUAGAGGUAAAGGGUACAUACAAGGUAUUACAUAUAAAUGCAGAGCAUAUAUUUUGAAGUGCACAUGGAACAUUUAUGAAUAUUAACCACAUAUUUGGGCCAGUCAUAAAGCCUCAGCAAAUCUCAGAACUGGUAUACAGAUCACAAUGAAGACAGUUCAAAAUCAAUAACAGAAAUAUGUUAGAAAAAAUAUAUUUGAAAAUUAAGAAAUAUACUUUCAAACAACUCAUGGAUCAAAGAAGAAAGUUUAAGUCAGAAAAUACUGUUAAAAUACUAUAUAUCAAAACAUAGGAUAUAGGUAAAGCAGUACUUAGAGGGAAAUUUAUAGCAUUAAAAGCUCAUGUUGUAAAAGAAGAAAGGCUAAACAAUAACGAAGUAAACAUCCAAUCUGAGUAAGAAAAUGAACAUCAAGAUAAACUCAAAAAAAGGACUAUAGAGCCUACCCACAGUAAUCCACAGAUCCAAUGUGAUCCCUACCAAAAUACCAAU